GUUCGCCUCCACGCACAUACACACGCCCCCCUCAUUUCCACUCCACCUUCCUCCUCCCUCCUCGCCUACCUCCUCUCUCUCCUCCACGCCUCCCUUCCCCUUUUCUCGCAGCUGAGGUGGUCAGUGGCCAUGACGGAGGCGGACGCGUGCGGCGGCGGGGUGGCGGCGGCGCUGGAGGAGGAGGCGGCGGGCAUCAUCUGCUCGCUCCGCGCGGGGGACCUCGCCGGGUGGACGCCGCCAUGGAGGAGCACGCCUGCGCCUGCGCCGACGACGAAGGACGAAGAGGAGCAGAAGGCCUGGCCGGCGGUGACCCGCGGGAAGCGGUCCCGUUCCUCGCGCCGCCGCUCGCCGUCGGGCUCCGUCUCCGGCUCCGCGGCGAAGGGCCGGUGGGCGCGAGGCAGCCCGGCGUCCCCCCUCGACUACAGCUGCGGCGUGUCCGGGUCCGGCGCGUCGACCAGCGGCGGCGAGGACGGCGCCUUCUGCUCGCCGCCGGCACCGGCGGUCGCCCGCGCGCACGCCGGAACAAGCACCGCUGCUACCACCCCGCCUUCUUCCUCGGCCAAGCAUGACUCAUCUCGCUUCUUUCUCGUGCAGCAGGUGGCAUCUGCCGGAGCACGGCGCGCGUUGAUCCUCCCGGUACCCGCGACGGUGUUGCAGCCCCGGCCCGCGGGACAGCGGUCGCGGAAGAAAAUGAGGCUCCCGGAGGUCCAGCAGCUGGUGCAGUCCCUGGCGGCCGAGAACGACGGCCUUCGACAGGAGAUGCAGUCGUUGCGGAGAGCCUGCACGUCCCUCUCAAAGGAGAACAGCACGCUAGAGACAAGGCUGGAGCAUACUUCCUCGAGCAAGCGGAAGAGGAUCGGGUCCGAAGAGCAGCAGCAACAAGCGAAGCCUCGUGCAUCCGAGCGCAACGCCGCCACGAACGGCUUCGUGCUGCCAGAUCUGAACAUUCCGGCGCAGGACAUCACGGACGGAUCAGCAGUGGCAGCUCCCUGACGGCUGGCUCCAGGAUCCGGGCCAUUUCCGGUGGCGGCGCCUGAGUGCUAACCUCAUAAGUUUAUUAACCGUGUAUAGGGGGGAAGCCGGCUAGAAGAAAGAACUGGUUUUACUACCUUGCCUGAUAAAAAAAAAGUUCUCUUUUAUUUAGUUUUGACUUGAGUUUCUGUACCCAUGGGGAUUCUUCUGUAUCAAUGAUGCAGAGAGGGGAGCUUAUGUAGCUCUAGGUAUAGUCCGUGUUGCUUGGUUCCUGUAAACAAAACGCAGUACAUUAGGGAAACUGUUGAUAUUGUUUCGUCCAA